CAAAGCCAGCAAAGUCCCCCCAUAUAAAAAUUAACAAGGCCAAAAACCAACGGUGCUGAUAAACCUUCUUUCUCUCAUCCCAGUCGUCUCCUCUCUCCUUUCUUCUCCAGCGUCCGAUUAGCCCUCUCUCCUCUCUCUCGCGCCAAAUCUAAAUCUCACAGGGUUUCCAUGGCUGAAGGUCCGGCGAGUCCAGGCGGCGGCGGGAGCCACGACAGCGGCGGCGAGCACAGUCCGCGGUCGAACGUUCGAGAACAGGAUCGGUAUCUUCCGAUCGCGAAUAUUAGCAGGAUCAUGAAGAAGGCGCUUCCGGCGAACGGUAAGAUCGCCAAGGAUGCGAAGGAGACUGUGCAGGAAUGCGUUUCCGAGUUCAUCAGCUUCAUCACCAGCGAGGCGAGUGAUAAGUGCCAGAGGGAAAAGAGGAAGACGAUUAAUGGUGACGAUUUGCUUUGGGCUAUGGCGACUUUAGGGUUUGAAGACUACAUCGAUCCUCUCAAGGUUUACCUUGCAAAAUACAGAGAGAUGGAGGGUGAUACCAAGGGUUCAGGCAAGGGUGGAGAGUCAUCUUCUAAGAAAGAAGUUCAGCCAAGCUCAAUUGCUCAGAUUUCUCAUCAAGGUUCUUUCUCUCAAGGAGCUAGUUACUCAAAUUCUCAAACCCAACAAAUGAUGGUUCCUAUGCAAGGCUCAGAGUAGAUCGACUCGUCUUUAGCCAACGCUGCCAUACUUUAAUUGCUUAUCCGAGGAGAUCUUGUUCAGUGCCUAGGAAAAUAACAUAUGAAAUUAUUAUUCUGAUGUGAAUGCUAAAAUGUGAGGUUAGUUUUUCAGUGUUGGUUUCUGGUGACAUCUUGUGGUGUGGUUUGUAUACUAGGAGUUUCUUUGAGUCCAAUGCCUAUCUCAAGCUGAUAUUGUAGGCUCAGGAAGAGCUAUUAUAUUCCUCUGAUUUGUAAACUGGUAUCGUGGGAUAGACAUGUGUUGUUAACUUGUUAUGACUGGUUAGGAAAUGUCAUGUAUUUUCAAUUUUUACAUUGUAUGAUUUUAUUUGUUGUAGACAGUUUUCAUGCAAAA